AUGGCUUGUCACAACAAGGAGGAGAAGCUAGUGAAACAUCAAGAAAAGGUUACAAACUCUGUAGAGCCAUGGCCAAAUCUCCCUCAACAACUCCUCAACUUUAUUGGAAGGCAACAUCCUGAUUUAAUGCAAAACAUCAGUUUUCGCGGUGUUACUAAAUCAUGGAGAGCAGCACCUAAGCAAUGUAGUAACAAUUCACAACUACCAUGGCUUGAACUUUGUGACAAAAAUUACUACCAAUCCAAGACUCAACAAGAACAUACUGUCAACAUCUCAUUUCAACCAGGUGAAUAUUCGUGGUACCCUAAAAGGCGGUAUAAUCCUUGGACGCGUUUUCAUGGUUGUUCACACGGGUUGAUUGUUGCUGGAGGGAAUGAUCCUGCAGAGUACUGUCUCUUGAUUCCUACUGCAAUACCCUUCAACAGUUAUUGGACUAUUCCCCCUUGGGAUGCCACAAUUCCAUUCAAGUUUGCCACUUUGUCUGAAUAUCCUUCCAAUAAUUGCAAGAGCUGGUCUGUGAUGGUGUUAACAGGCUGUUCCUAUCCACUAUUUGUCGUUUAUCAUACGGGAAAUCCAUUUAAAUGGAUGAAACAAACAAGCAGUCUAGUCGAUCCGAAUUGUUCAAAAAGACAACUUAUGAUACUUACUAAUGCCAUCGGGUUAGAAGGGAGGUUUUAUGCAAUAAGUUUGCAAGGUACUUUAGCGGUUACUGAAGAAAGUGAAUCUAUGUUUCAAGUCACUAAAUUAAGCAAAAGUCGCGCUGUUCCAUCAGUUUUCUCAAAACAUUUCACGGAGUAUCUUCUUGAGUCAAAUGGAGAGAUCUUGUUGAUUUUCUUGAUAUCAGAACAAUCAACUAGGAAGGUGGACAGAGUGGAAGUGUUCAAGCUCCAGAUGGAUGAUCUAUCAUGGAUAAAGUUGGACAACCUUGGAAAUAGAACAUUGUUUGCAGGGACCAAUUGUUGUAUGUCAGUUAAUGCAAGUCAGCUAGGCUGCAGAAGCAACUGUAUCUAUUUUAAUGAGUAUGCAACUAAUACUUGGAUGUUCUAUGAAAUGGGAAGUGCUACUAUUUUGCCCUGUUUUGAUGUUUAUGGUUCUCAAACAAAAAGUCCUGUAUGGGAAGAGCCAAUAGUGGAGAACAAUUUCUUGUAA